CCCCAACAUUUUGAAGCUAGCGAGCGAGCUUGCUAGCUAGCCGACCACAGCUUCGCCUAUCAUGGAGUUGAGAGUAGGAAACCGAUACAGACUGGGCAGGAAAAUUGGAAGCGGGUCGUUUGGAGACAUCUACCUGGGUACUGACAUCUCCGUUGGAGAGGAGGUUGCCAUCAAACUGGAAUGUGUGAAGACCAAACACCCACAGCUCCACAUCGAGAGCAAAAUCUACAAGAUGAUGCAGGGUGGAGUCGGUAUUCCAACGAUAAAGUGGUGCGGGGCUGAGGGCGACUACAACGUGAUGGUGAUGGAGCUGCUGGGGCCCAGUCUGGAGGAUCUGUUCAACUUCUGCUCCCGGAAGUUCAGCCUCAAGACGGUGCUGCUGCUGGCCGACCAGAUGAUCAGCCGCAUUGAAUACAUCCACUCCAAGAACUUCAUCCACAGAGACGUGAAGCCUGAUAACUUUCUGAUGGGGCUGGGCAAGAAAGGCAACCUGGUCUACAUCAUCGACUUUGGCCUGGCCAAGAAAUACCGCGAUGCCCGCACACACCAGCACAUCCCCUACCGCGAGAACAAGAACCUGACCGGCACCGCCCGCUACGCCUCCAUAAACACACAUCUGGGCAUCGAACAGUCUAGGCGGGACGACUUGGAGUCACUGGGAUACGUCCUGAUGUACUUCAACCUGGGUUCUCUGCCCUGGCAAGGCCUCAAAGCAGCCACCAAGAGGCAGAAGUAUGAACGCAUCAGUGAAAAGAAAAUGUCCACACCCAUUGAGGUUCUCUGCAAAGGUUACCCAUCGGAGUUUGCCACCUACUUGAACUUCUGCCGCUCUCUGCGGUUCGACGACAAACCCGACUACUCGUAUCUCCGCCAGCUCUUCAGGAACCUCUUCCACCGACAGGGCUUCUCCUACGACUACGUCUUCGACUGGAAUAUGCUCAAAUUUGGUGCCAACAGGGCUGUGGAGGAUGCAGAGAGGGAGCGGCGUGAGCGGGAGGAGAGGCUGAGGCACAGUAGGAACCCUGCAGCCCGGGGCUUGGCAUCGGCCUCAGGACGAGCCAGGGCAGCCCAGGACCCCGCAGCCCCCUCCCCACUGAACCCCACCUCACACACGGGUUUGGAGAAAGAAAGGAAAGUAAGCAUGCGUCUUCAUCGUGGAGCACCUGUCAACAUCUCCUCCUCAGACCUGACGGGGCGCCAGGACACGUCCCGUAUGUCCACCUCCCAGGCUCUGUCCCGGGUCACGCCCAGCGGCCUCCAGUCUGCAGCUCCACGGUGAAGUCCUCCCAUCCACCCAUGCACCAUGGAGGCCUCAACAUGCAACACACACACACACACUAACACACACACACACACACACACACGCACACACGUAACACACACACUGGACUCUUGAAUGAUGCAAAGGACUACCAACCAAUUCACAAGAGUCUGGUUGCGCUCUUGUUCAGAGUCGCACCACCAGGAGUUUGUCUGAGAUGGAGAGAUGGGCGGGUGGAGAACAGUUUGUUUGCCUUAACCACCUUGGCAUAAGAGAAGCCACAGCCUCCCUUCUUCCUCUUCUUCUCCCGUUUAAGAUGUGGAAACACUCCCCCUCCAUGCCCUCACUGUCGAUGAAGCCAGUGAUUCACUUUUCUCUGGCCUCAUGAUACUUUUUGUUUUUUAACUUUGUUUUUACUUCUUUUUAUUCUUCAUCAUUAAACUUCCUCCCACACCAGCUCCACUGGUCAGACUUUACAACAGUUUGAAAAUGGAGAAUGACGAGUCUCUUACUUAUUGAAAAUUGUUUGUGGGACUUUUUUUAAAUUCUAAAAUCCAGAGGGCGCAUGAUCCAUCGUGGCAGUGUUAAAGCACGGUGCCGAAGCUCUGUUUUGUGUCCUGAAAGACUCUUUAAAUACCACAAGUCAACAUUUUGUUUUCUCUUUUAGGUGUUUGAGGUUUAGAUUUUAAAGUAGGAUAACCCCGGCUGUUUUUAAAAUGGGACAAAAGGUUGACGUUGAUGUUCUACUUUCCAGGCUGAUCUGAGAGUAUAUGAGUUUUUGUGUCCUCAGGUGCGUUGGAACCAGGACGUUGUAGUAAAUCAGAACACAUGCAGCACAUUUUCUUUUUCGUCUUCAGGUUGUGACUGCAGCGUGCUGCUUGGCAAAGCUGUGAAUGGAACAGUUUAAUAGUUGGGAUGUUGAUCUGUCCAUACUGAAUGGAUGAGCUGUUGUUUUUGUGCAUAGUGACGUGGUUUUUGUGUGUUUGUGUGGUUCUGUCUUAGGGUUGUACAAGCGCAAAGGGUUGUGUGUAUGUAUGCCUGUGUUUCAUAUAUAUGUAUAUAUAUACACAGGCAUACAUACAUAAAUAUAUGUAUAAAAAAAUAUUGUCUUUUCCAAUGUAACAUUACUUGCUGCAAUUUACAGCUUUACAGAAGUAGGACAGAGCGUAACAUUUGUAAUAGUCAAUUUGCAUGAUUGUUUUGGAGAAAUCAUCCGAUUAGACACGACCAACCUUAAGCGAGUUUGCUCAGAAUUGGCCCACGUCCUGAUUCGUUACUUCUUAUCCUGAUCCAAGUAAUUUCAUAUUGCGUAUGUGCCAUUAUUGUGCCAUUACACAAUAUUUUACUACAUGGUUGGUGUGCAAGUGCACAAUGGAACCACAAGAACUUUAGGAAAGAUGGAACCGUUCAUGUGACGUGUCCUCGACAACUUACUAAAUUAAAGAUUACUUCUCGGCCCGUGUAAACAAUUUUAUGUAAUGUCUUAUGCUCUUGCAGUUACAUUGUGGUAUACGUAAGAUCCAGCGUUUUCGCUCGACCCAUAUUAGCCUGGGUUGCCUCUAUUUUGACCAUUCUUCUGUUUUUGCAAGACCUCCAACAUUAUGAAAGGACUAAAUUACAUGACUGUUUACAAGAUACACUUGGAUACACAGAUUCCCCCAGAUUGAGAUUCUUCUGUCUUGGGCAGAGUAAUAAAAAUUCCAGCGUCCCGGUCAUAGUUUUUAGCAGUUUUUAUUUUUACAGAAUAACGAACACGUCAUAAAUAGCUGUAAUUGUGACUGCCUUUUUUGUUUAAAAACAAAAAAGGUAUAAUAGUUGGUACGUGCUGUAAUUCCACUCUACAGACAUUUUCUUUUAUUGAGAAUUUUAGCAGCUGAAAUAGUUGAGAGCACACACACAGAUACAGGGGACUGACAUUUUUUGAUCAGGCUUAAUGGAAGUAACCAGUAGAAUCCAAUGAAACCAUGCUUGAAUCCACUCUGAUGCUGAUCAUUCAGACCAGCUUGAGACGUCAACAUGAAAAGGUCAGACGAGCAGUCUGAGAAUCCAGGUCGAAAGUGAGUCGGUAUGGUGCAACAUCAGGUUCAAUGGCGGCGAGGAGUUUUUGGAGAGCUGAGUGUCUUAAGAGAGGAGGGUCACGGCUGAGUCCCCAACAGUACAAGAAGUACAGAGCUCAGGUGGCUCUUCUUGGCGUCUUUCUAACGAGGGGAAAUCUGAAUUGAGCAGUCAACCAACCAACGUGACCAAUGAAUCCUGCAGAUUUUUAAGUAGAAAACUCUUGAUCCGGUAGACUAGUUCCAAAGUAUUGUAGGCCAUUUAAUGUAGUUGAGGGGGAAAAGGGGUUGUAGUGCUAAUCUUUAAAUGUUUGUUAUGUUGUUAUUUGUAGGAUGUGCCUACUUCUGUCUACCACAUCCAAAUGAGCAAAACUGUUGGGGUUUGGGAUGGUGACGACAGUGUAUGGUGGGACUGGUAAAGCUUCACUCCUUUAGACUUCCUGCCAAGGCAGCUUUUUAAAAAAUGUACUUCACCUGUGGGCUUGGAAAACAAACCAAAAAAGAAAAUUGAUUAACUUAUUUGUCUCACUGAUUAUGGCUAUGAUAAAUGCAAGUACACUUUACAUGGGAUAAUGGUUCACUUUGUCAGUCUGCUUUACUCUGAUAUUUCUUCUUUUUGUCACCACCUCUGCAAUUCGCUUUAAGCUGUGCAGUGGAGAUGGUUGCUCAUGUCCCACAAAGCAUCUCUUCACUUUGGAUCAUUUGGAAAUCUUUCUUUCCAAUCCCACCUUAUGACUUUUGCUCCUCACUUGUAAUACCACUGUAUUUGUGUAUUUUAAAAUCGUGUAAAUAAAUUAAUAAGUACUUGUA